GGCAGCGGCGACGGCAACGGCGACGCCAGAGCCCGUGGGCGCCGUUCGCGAGGCCGCCGCGGCCCGGCCGCAGCGCGGGGAGCCCUGGGGGCUGGAAGCCGCCGCUGCCGCCAUGCCGCUGCUCUUCCUCGAGCGCUUCCCCUGGCCCAGCCUCCGCACCUACACGGGCCUCAGCGGCCUGGCCCUGCUCGGCACCAUCGUCAGCGCCUACCGCGCUCUCAGCCAGCCCGAGGCCAGGCCCGGGCCUGGGCCCCCCGAGGAGGAUCCGGUAACGGCCCCGGUGCAGCCAGACCCGGCCGCGCUCGUCCAGCCGAGCACCGGAGGACCCCGGGCCCGCGACGUGGCCCAGUACCUGCUCUCGGACAGCCUGUUCGUGUGGGUUCUAGUAAAUACUGCUUGCUGUGUUUUGAUGUUGGUAGCUAAGCUAAUCCAGUGUAUUGUAUUUGGCCCUCUUCGAGUGAGCGAAAGACAGCACCUCAAAGACAAGUUUUGGAAUUUCAUUUUCUACAAGUUCAUUUUCAUUUUUGGUGUGCUGAAUGUCCAGACAGUGGAAGAAGUGGUCAUGUGGUGCCUCUGGUUUGCUGGACUGGUAUUUCUGCAUCUGAUGGUUCAGCUCUGCAAGGACCGGUUUGAAUAUCUUUCCUUUUCUCCCACCACACCGAUGAGUAGCCAUGGUCGAGUUCUGUCUCUACUGAUUGCUAUGCUGCUUUCCUGCUGUGGAUUAGCAGUUGUCUGUUGUGUCACAGGCUAUACCCAUGGGAUGCACACAUUGGCUUUCAUGGCUGCAGAGUCUCUUCUUGUGACAGUGAGGACUGCUCAUGUGAUUUUACGAUAUGUAAUUCACCUCUGGGACCUCAACCAUGCAGGAACGUGGGAAGGAAAGGGAACGUAUGUCUAUUACACAGAUUUUGUCAUGGAGCUCACUCUGUUGUCCCUGGACCUCAUGCAUCAUAUUCACAUGUUGUUAUUUGGCAACAUCUGGUUAUCCAUGGCCAGCUUGGUCAUCUUUAUGCAGCUGCGUUACCUGUUUCAUGAGGUACAACGUCGAAUCCGCCGGCACAAGAACUAUUUGCGAGUGGUUGGAAACAUGGAGGCCAGGUUUGCGGUUGCAACUCCAGAGGAGCUGGCUGUCAAUAACGAUGACUGUGCCAUCUGCUGGGACUCCAUGCAGGCUGCGAGGAAACUGCCCUGUGGACAUCUUUUCCACAACUCCUGUCUUCGUUCCUGGCUAGAACAAGACACCUCCUGCCCAACAUGCAGAAUGUCUCUUAAUAUUGCCGACAAUAAUCGUGUCAGGGAAGAGCAUCAAGGAGAGAACUUGGAUGAGAAUUUGGUUCCUGUAGCAGCAGCUGAAGGCAGACCUCGCUUAAACCAACACAAUCACUUCUUCCACUUCGAUGGGUCCCGGAUUGCGAGUUGGCUGCCAAGUUUUUCAGUCGAAGUGAUGCACACCACCAACAUUCUAGGCAUUACGCAGGCAAGCAACUCUCAGCUUAAUGCAAUGGCUCAUCAGAUUCAAGAGAUGUUUCCCCAGGUUCCAUACCACCUAGUACUGCAGGACCUCCAGCUGACACGCUCAGUCGAAAUAACAACAGACAACAUUUUAGAAGGACGGAUUCAAGUACCUUUUCCCACACAGCGGUCAGAGAGCAUUAGGCCUGCAUUGAACGGUCCUGUGGAGAGGCCAAACGGCGAGCAGGAGGACGGAGAAGCUUCCACUCAGACCGAGCGGGUGCCGCUGGACCUCAGUCCUCGGCUGGAGGAGGCACUGGACUUCGGCGAGCUGGAAGCGGAGCCCAGUGAAGGGGAGGACUUUGAGGCCCGGGGGAGCCGCUUUUCCAAGUCCGCUGACGAGAGACAGCGCAUGCUGGUGCAGCGCAAGGAUGACCUCCUGCAGCAGGCGCGGAGGCGUUUCUUGAACAGAAGUUCUGAAGAUGACUCAGCCUCGGACAGCUGCCUCCCUUCGGAAGGCAUGACCUCUGACCCCAUGACCCUGCGUCGAAGGAUGCUGGCUGCUGCUGCGGAGCGGAGACUUCAGAAGCAGCAGAGCUCCUAGCGCCUCCUUCCGAGCCGAAGAGGCCUGUCCCCAGCUCUGCCUGCUGAGUGAAGGAGUGGGCUCAACUGCAUUGCGCUGUGUAAAGCACGUGGUCUUAAUAGUGUGGACAGCUGACAGAUUUAAUCCUUUUUUGUAAUACUUUCUAUGUGACAUUUCUCUUCCCUUUAGAAACACUGCACAUUUUAACUCUAAGCAUGAUCUCUUCUGCGUUGACUGGACGUCAUAGGGGUGUGGGAGGAUCAAGAGGAAGUGGGCAGCCAGAGACCCUGAAGGGGGGCCACUUCCAUGACGGCUUUAUGCAGAAGUCAUAACAAAUGCUGGUGUCUUUAGCUCCAAAUGUGGCAGGAAGUGGGCGUGGGGGGGUCUGGGGGGAAUCGGGAGGCGCAGGGGGCGGGAUCCAUAAAAAGCGGUGUGGAGGUGUACAGCCUUAGCCUGAUUCCACGCCACUGGGUAAUUUAUGUUGUCACACUGCUGUUCUUGGUGCGGAGGCAUUCAGAAUGUCACAGAGGCCAGACCUACGGGCUCCUGAACCCCUGGGCCGGCAGGGCAUCUUGGAAGAACACUGCUUGGUUUGAUACUUGCAGCAGAGGAGAGGAAAGCCCAGGGACGUAGUGUGAGGAGGUGACCCAUCGUGUCCUAGUACAUCUGGGACUAGCUUUCUGAGCCCCCUAUCCAAAGCUGGCUUUAUUUCCAUUAAUGCUUGUGCUCCUGCAUCUCGUGAGUACAUGCUGUGUGUCUGUCCUCUCCUCUCUGCAUUUCAUUGUCCCCCCCACACCCCUGGACACGGGGAAAGGGUUAAGUAGCAAGCCUUGGUUCAUGGUUUUAAUUCCUUGUUACAGUAAAUUAGGCAAUGCUAAAGGCUGUGGGUUUGGUCCUUGGAGAAAACGUGGGCCUUACAAGAUGGGAGAGUAAAUUUUGGAGGGCUUUAUUGAAGAAAUAAAAGACAUCUUUUGUAUCUUUCUUCCCCAGAGCCCUUCAUUUUCAUAACUGUGUUCCUGUUGGUUUAAUUAAACGUAGAAAGGUAAGAUGUUGAGUCCACCUGCCUUGGAGCAGACCCAGGUCUGAACUUUUUCAAAUCCUUGACACAUUUAACUUGAAGGAUUUGAAACACACAAUCAUAGGUUACCUAGUUCAGUUUUAUAUCCUACUGGAUUAAGUUUUUUUUUAAUGUUUGAAAGCAUAGUUUUAUGGUAGUCCUUCUGGGAAGAAUCCAGUAUUAUCUAAAAUUAUUGGCAAAGUUAAACGUAUUUUACAUAACAAAGUUUUUAGAAUGUUGAGAAGUAACUGAAAAUAGAGUGAUGUUUAGGCUGAGAUAAUUUAUUUCAAUACAUCUUUCAAAAGCCUUAUCUUGAAAUGCUGUUAGUAAAUUUCUGUGAUUUUUUUUUUCUUUUUAAAUUGGUUUUGCUGAGAGCAUAGCUAUUUGUUUU